AUGGAUGUAUUAGAGCGUGCACCGCCUAAUCAGAGGAAGUUUUGGGAAAUAGAGUGCAACGAUUGGUUAGAGCGUGUAUCAAAAGUGCUCAAAGUGGAAUACGAAAGUCUGCCACCAGAACCAACGCAUGACGCUAUCAAAUCUCUCGGGAUGACCAUCCCCGUUGAGACACACAACACAGUUGUACCAUCUUUUGUUAUGGCUAGUUUAUCAAAACAUAACGAAGAUUUACCAGAGUAUACAGCUAUUAGUAGAGCGUGCAUGAGGAACAUGCUUAGUAUUUUGAAUAUUGAUCUGCAAUUACUUCGAACGGCAGAAUGUCAAACAGCAACGACAAUUUGGAUCACUGUUAAGGAUAGUCUCAAUGAUGAUUCAGAGAAAGCUAGAGUACAGCGGAAAGAUCGUCAAAAAUGGAUCAGAUGGGCAGCUACAGGUUCUGGUAUCGUCAUAGGCGGUGUGGUUUUAGGUUUGACAGGUGGCUUGGCAGCCCCAGCUCUAGCACCUUUAUUCGCAGCUCUUCCGGCACUAGGUUUCUUUGCGACCGGUGGUGGUGCUAUUGCGAUAGGUGUGAUGUUUGGUUUAACAGGGGGCGGUUUAAGCGGGUAUAGAGUAGCCAAAAGGACUGCAGGUAUUUCAGAGUUCAAGUUUGUACCGAUCAAAAAUGAGGUCUUGUUCGAUGGAAGUGCAAAUACAAGUAGUACACCUACAUCUAGAAUAGAUCCAGAAUUCAAACCUACUUACGAUGUACUAAAGAAACCCUCUACUCCGUCUACACCAUCAACACCAUCCUCACCAUCAACACCAACUGGGAAGACCAAACCACCUGUCCCACCGAAACCACCAACGAUCAAAGCUAAGUCACAAGCUGAGGAGAAGAUCAAUAAUGAGAAGAAUGCUGAAGAAAGCUCAUUCUCAUUCAAAAAAGUUGGUAACUCCUUCGAGCAGUUUGGCAGUAAAACAUGGAUGGGAAUGCGCAAAUUUGGGGACACAGUUAGUAAUGGUGUAGCUAAUAUAAACAUCAAUAACAAGACAGAGAAAGAAAAAGAAGCAGAGAAAGCUACAGAGAAUACAGUCACUGCACCUUCAAUGACUGCAACUAUUUGCACUACUGGUCUUUUGUUAAACUCUCCGGAAGAGUGUGUUAAUGUUUGGAGAGAGGCUCUUGGUGAUAUUUCGAACGCAGAGAACGAUCAAAGAGAUAUAUAUGCUCUUACCACAGACCCUGCUUACUUCCUUGACGCUGGCAAACAGAUCAAUGGAUGGGUCAUUGACAAAAUACUUAAUAUGGCUGGUACAAAGAUCUUAGGAGCGACUGCUUUAGGUGCCUUUAUGGCGGCAACAGCUGUCCCCAUGGCACUUAUUGGAGCUACUGGUAUGGUUAUUGACAAUGCAUGGCAAGGUGCUGUAGAUAGAGCGAAGAAAGCUGGUGAUAUACUUUCAGAUGUUAUCAGAGACAAAGUACACGGUAAACGACCACUUGCCUUGAUAGGACAUUCGAUAGGUGCUCUAAUGUUGGUGAAAGCAUUACUCAAUUUACCAGCACCAGAUACACCAAUUAUAUCCACACUUACCCUUAUUGCAUUGCCUGCAAGUCUUAGUGAGCAGGAAUGGUUACAUUUGCGCGCUUUUGUCGCGGAUGAAAUCACUAACGCGUAUGUACCAAACGACAUCGUGUUGGCUUUGGUUUGUAGAUUACAUGAGGUAUUUACGAUUCGCAAUCCAAAAUCUUCAGUUCGAGUAGCAGGUCUCGGACCUGUAAAUAAGAAAGAAGUAGAAACUGAGAAAGUAGCUAAUGAAGAUGGCACGACACCCCUUGUUGAGGAAGUUUCUGUAUCAGGACGUAAAUCUCACAUAAGAGAUGUUGAUUUGAGUGGUGUAUUGGAAGGUCAUUUUGAUAUACUUCAACCUAACAAAAUGAGGAAGGUUUUGGAUGUUAUUGACAUAGAGUGA